AUGGAUUCAUCGCCGGAUUACACGAGGGCCACAAGCAAUUUUGAUGGAAAGAAAGAAAAUUCUCCUGGUGGAAGUGAAUGUGCUGAAACCAUUUCGUUGAGAUCUUCAACUCAGGGAUCUACUGUUAAUGGACUGCCUGGUCCGUACCAGGAUAUGGGAAUCAAGAACAGAACUAACAAGAAGAAGACCCUGAAAAAUUUUAGGAACUUAAAAACAUUCAGGAGAAGGGCUAGAUCAAGAGCCGUUGAUCAGAUUUCUAUGGAUAUGUCUGAUGAUCUAGUAACACCUCAACCAAAAUCUUCGCUUGAAGUAUCUGAUGAAACACCACAUUACAUGCAGGCAACUAGUUCUUCCAAAGGGAAAAAGGCAAAUUCUCUGGAAAGUCAGCAGAAUUCUGAAUUUUGCUUUGAUAAUACUGAUCGAAGCAGUUCACAUUCUUCACAAUCGAACGUGGCUUUUCCCAGUGUUGGAUCUUUGCAAACUUCAUCGACUGCAUUGAACCUUAGAAAUGUGAAAAUUCUAAUAAAGACAACGAGUUUUAAACCCAAGAGGUCUUCAUUGAAAUACUCUCAAGUUUCUCAGGAUGUACAUGUUGAUAGAGCAACAUGUUCUUCCACUCUUAAGGACUCGAAGUUUGCCAAGGGUGUUGAGCAUGUUCCUGGGGAAAUUGAAUCUGAGAAGAUUUCAGAAAUGAAAGUGUGUCGAUACCAUCACUGUUCUCUUCAUGGACACUGCAGUGAGGCCCAUGAUCAUGUUCCUCCACAAAAGCGCCUCUUGUACAAAAAAAGACGAUCGUUGAAGAAACUAAAAAGCACGAAACCCAAAUCUGGUUCCAUGUCUGUCACAAAAAGUUUUAGUGAUAAAAAGAAAGAUCUCCAGAAAGGGCAAAUGAUUUCUAAUGUACAGGUGCAAGGCGAGAGUGACAGUAUAGCCAUCUCUUAUGAGGGAGAUACCUCUAGAUCGUGUGCAUUAGAAGUAAAAAGGAGUGAAACACCUUGCCUUAUUGCUUCAAAUGUCGUGGAUUCUGGUACAGAGAUCAAUUCUAAACCAAAAACUCAGCUCUUUGGAGAUGGGUAUAGCGGUAUUCAAGAGUCAGAUCUCAUCGAAAUUGCAUUUGGUGAAACAUCAAACCCCGAGGAAAGUUUCCAGGAGAGUCUUAACCGAGUCGCGGAUUAUGGUACACAAGGGCAAGCAGUUCUUUGUUUGAAGUGCUCUUGCAUUAAAAUGGAACCAAAUGGGUCCAAAAGAACAGCUGAUGUAGACUUACCACACCCUCAAGCCCUCGACUCAAAUCUUGGCAAUGGGUACAAUCGUCUGAACCCUCAAGAUGUGGCUACUGAUUUUUCUGAUACAUAUGCAUCUUCCAUUUCCUUAAAACUAGAUGAACAUCUCAGUCCCCAUAGUAAGGGUACUGCUCCUUCUAAUGGAGCAGAAUGUGAUUUUGAUGCAUCCAACAUACAAAAUGCAUUAAGUCCAGGCCAUUUUGAAAAAGUUACAGAAAUUAACAGUGUGAUAUCAUCAACUUCAGAUGUUCAAACUUCAAAAUGUGGAAAUCCUGAAUCAGAAAGGAAGUUUACAACUGAAGUUAUGCCUGUUGAAGAUUCUGAAUCUACUGAAGUCACGCACGUUAAAAAUUCAGAAGUUAGUACUUGUUUUCAUGAAGAAAACAAAACUCGGUUCAACAAAGUUAGGCAUAUCAGCAUGUGGCACAUGAUACAUCAGCAUAUGGCAGAAAGUAUGGCUGCUGAAUCUGAAAACAAGCCGCUUCAGAAUGUUGAUGGUUCCAAUGUAUUGCCUGCAAAAGAAAGUUCAGCAUCGUCCAGGGAUUUUUCUGAUUCUGGUAGGGGCAUACUGAACAACGAUUAUGAAUUAGAAGAUAUUGAAGUCCGCAAGCUUUUUGCAGUUAAGAUAGUCCGAGAAGCAAUUGAGAAGAUUCUUCUUCCAGAAGUUCAAGAUCAGACAUCUGAUGAUCAGUCAAUCACAAGCGACUCCACUCAUGAACAAGAACUCUUCGAAAAGAAUCAACACGAAGGUCGUGUCCAAGAAAGUUCCCCAGAAUGUGAGCUGGAUAAGGGGGAGGGUAAUGCGCCAGCUGAUUUGAAAGAGGUAGGUCUCAACAAAACUGAUAUUUCUGGUCAAGAGAUAAUGCAAACCGACAAAAAUUUUGGAACCAAGUCCGAGAAGAAAGCACCAAAACAUUGGAGUAAUCUUAAAAAAUGGAUUUUACUUCAAAGAUUCAUCAAAGAAUUAGAAAAAGUGAGGAAAUUUAAUCCAAGGAGUCCACAACAUCUGCCCUUGAAGCCUGACCCUGAAUCAGAAAAAGUCAACCUACGGCCGCAAACAGUAGAAGAGAGGAAGAAAGCAGAAGAGUGGAUGCUUGAUUAUGCACUGCGCCAAGCAGUCAGUCAGCUUGCCCCUACUCAGAAACGGAAAGUGUCUUUGCUAAUAAAGGCCUUUGAAACAGUUGUUUCACCGAAUGAAGAUAAUAGCAAAAAAAUUGCUGGCAUUACCCAUGAAGUGGGCGAGUCUGUUCUAAAAGAAAAUGGCACGGACAAAGAGGCCCAAGAAAUUUUUGAAUUGAAAUCUGAUAAUGGUGAAAUAGCACCUGAACUAAACUUACAGGGAAUUCAAGAGGAUACAGUUGUCUGUCUGAACUCGGAGUUUCCGACUGGUAAUUUCCUCCCGACCAUUGGAAACAUAGAGACUCAAGAUCCAGAUCAUGGACAUUGUGAAUCCAAAAAUUUGAUUCUAGAUGGUAGUACAUUAUCAACUGAGGAUACUAUCUCAUCAGCUGUUCAUUGUCGUACGCUCGAGCUAGAAACGAAUGUAAGGGGUGAGGCCAACCAAGAAGUUGUGCCAGAACUCAGAGGAGUUCAAGAAGGUACCGUAUCUGAUGGCAAAGAGUCAGAGACAAAGAAUGGAUCACACGAUAUCCAGUUGGAAAGACAAAACUAUAUCAGAAUGUGGCAUUCGAUAUAUCAGCAUGUGGUAUUGGGUAUUGCUGCAAAAGUUGGAAGCCAACUUCUCGAUGGAACAGAUGAUGACGAAUUAGAAGAUUGUAAGGAAUUGUCUAAAAUAAGCAAGGGUGAUGAUGACUCAGUCAAGGAAAACCGUGUUUCUAGCCAUUUGAAUCGUGCAUUCACCAAAUCUGAUGCAGUCAAACUCGUACAAGAGGCAGUAGAUGAGAUCCUUCUUCCAGAAAUUCAAGAUGACUCAUCUGAUACUCAAUCAAUUACAAGUGACUUUAAUCCAGACCAGGAGAUCUCAGAAAGUCUUAACCAAGAAAAUGAGACGCAAUGUACCACAUAUGAAGGUGGAAUUUCAAUUGAUCAAGAAGACUGUACAAUAAAGUCAGCCAGAAGACCCGAGCCACUGAAGUCCAAGAACUGGAGCAAGCUGAAAAAGCUAAUCCUCCUCAAGAGAUCCAUAAAAGCAUUAGAGAAUGCAAGGAAACUUAACCUGCAACCACCACAACAACUCUCGGUUAUGCCUGAUCCCAAACAAGAGAAAGCUGACUUAAGGCAUCAAAUGAUGGACGAGAGAAAAAAGGCCGAGCAGUGGAUGCUAGAUUAUGCAGUCCAACAUAUUGUCACGAAACUAACUCCAGCUCGGAAAAGAAGGGUGUCAAUGCUUGUCGAAGCUUUUGAAGCAGUCAUUCCACUGCCAGAGCUAUUAACUCCAUGA